GGCGACGCUGCUGAGAAAAUAUCUAUUUUUACACGGAAGAAAGAUAGACCUAAAUUAGCGGACAUCUGUGGAGAAAUUUCGUGUAUAUACCAGAGUCUCCACACCCCGGAGCUGCCUUAUUCUUCGCCAUGACUGCCAAGAGGCGCUGGAGUGUCGUUUGGUCUCGGAGAUGGCGAGCGAUCGUGUGGUGUGGCCUGUGUCUGCUGUGUCUCUGCGGGGUGUUGCUGAGGGACGCCUUGCCUUACCUCCUCCCGACGCUGUCUGAUCACAGGACCCGGCGUUGCCCUCCCUCCCCCGUGGACGUGGAUGGCUGCUCUUCCUGGAGGCCCCUGCAGGUUCCGCACCCCGUCUGCGCCUGCUCCAGGAGGCUCCUCGUACUGCAUGACGCAUGCACGGAUCUAGUGACGUCAGACGCGUCCGGAUACCUGAAUUACGUUCGUGAAUAUUUCGGCAAUUCGACGUGUUCGGACGAGGCGACGCUCCGAGGGCCUCACCAGCAUGUUGUGUCCAUUUCCCUCCCGGCCGCCGCGGGGGAAGGGGACUUUGCUUCUCUCAAUCUCACCGUCAGCGAAAUAGUAGAAGUGUACAAAGGGUGGGUGGUGCGUCUGUACACCCGCGUGACCCCCGAGACACGCGCCGGCCUGUGCUCGCUGGUGUGCGCCCAACAGGACGUCGACCUGUGCGACGUCACUCGGCUGCCCUUGCCCAUCCUGCCCAUCGUCACCGUGAGGGAUGAAGGUAACGCCGUUGAGUGGCUCGUAUUUCAAGUGUGGUUUGGUUUGGUUUUUAUUUUGAUGUGUUAA